GCGACGCUACGCGGUUACUGUGUGAUAGUUCGCGGCUCCAGUUCGCGCGAACAUGAUCGCCGGAGACGCGGAUUCAGGCCUGGCCACCUGCAGCGAACUGCCCAGCUGCAGCGAGGCCUACUGUCAGGAAUUGGCUGCAGCUGUUGCCGCUUCUCGCAAGCCGGCUCCAACCCUCAAGCAGCAUUACUACCCUGAAGGUGGCUGGGGGUGGUUUGUCGUGUUUAUAGCGGUUGUUGUUCAGGUGUUGACGCAUGGAUUGCAUAUGGCCAUUGGUGUUCUUCUGCCCGAAGUUCGCAACAGGUUUACCACCGCUUCAUACACUACAUCAGGAUGGCUAGGCGCGAUGUCGACUGCGGUCGCUCUGCUGGUGUCGCCGGUGACGAUUGCGUUCUGUCGCCGCAAGUCGACGCGGCUCACCGCAGUGAUGGGCGGGCUAGUCACCGCGCUCGGCUGUCUCUUCACAUCAUUCGCCUCCCAGUUUCAUCAGCUGUUCUUCAGCUAUGGCGCGGUUGUCGGUGUUGGUGUCAGUAUGACAAGAGAUUGCUCAACUCUAAUGGUAGCUCAGUACUUCAAGAGGCGGAGAGAAUUCGUAGAGAUAUUUAUAGUGUCCGGUAGUGGCCUUGGAAUCGCCAUUAUGUCUGUUUUUAUAAAAGGUGCCAUAAGUGCAAUUGGCUGGAGAUUAGGACUGCAGUUAGUAACAGUUACAGUGUUCCUGACCUUCUUCCUGGGAACAUUCUACCGAUCAGCUUCACUCUACCAUCCCCAGCGCAGAGCGAUUCUGCACUUGAAAAACCAAAAGCGGAAAAUCAAAGACAAGAAUAAGGUUGACGAUCGACCGCCGUUCUUCGACUUCAGUACGCUUCGUAGUAAAACAGUUAGGAUAUUGCUUGUCUCCACUGGAAUCAGUGCGUUUGGCAUCAAUACUCCCAUUUUUUACUUGGCGCACCAAGCCGAGGAAGACGGCCUAGGCGACACAGCACUGCUGUUGCAGACCUACCUGGGCCUGGCAUGGACGCUGGGCUGUGCCGCAUUCGGCCUAGUGGUCGUGCACAAUUCGGUCGAGUGUCGCAUCGCACGGCAAUACCUCUGCCAGGCGGCCGUAUUCAUGUGCGGCCUGUCCAUCCUCGCACUCACCGCCGUACAUGGCAACCGCCAGGGUUACAUACUGUUCGUGUGGAUCUAUGGCAUUUUCUGCGGCGGCUACCACUACUCACUCAAGAUGUACACGUACGAGCGCGUGCGUGCGAGGAACUUCGCGAGGACGUGGGGCUUUGUGCAGUGUUCGCAGGCCAUUCCUAUCGCUAUUGGCGUGCCUAUAUCAGGCUACAUAAACGUAGGCUGCGGUGGCAAAUCAGGCUACUACUUCAGUUCGACCUGUGUGCUAGUGGGCAGCCUGUCGCUGUUCUUCAUCGACCUGCACCGCCGCAAGCUGGCCCGCCACAAGCACGCCGGCGAGCCUGCGUCGUCCGGCCGCCAGCUGUGCGUGUCCGAGUCGUGCCCGCAGAGACGCAAGCUGUCGUUUGCGGCCGAGCCGGAAGAGCUGCUAGUUGUCGAGCCGGCCGCUGUGGGCGCCACUGGUCUGCCAGCUGACAAACCGGAGCUGACCUGCAUAUCGGAGGAGGGAAUCGCCGAUAUGGACCUGCCCGACAACAUUCUAGAUGACCUCGACUAUAUCGGCGACUGUAUCACUUCGUGCAAUAAGGUGGAGAACUACCUGAUGCUGUCGGAGUUUGAGAACAACCUGAUAGCCGAGAUGCCGGUGAUCAUGGACCGGAAAGGCCGCCGUUGGUCGCUGGCUCGCCAGACCGAGGAGGACCCGUCACCGAGGGCAAAAUGGCGACUCCUGUCCGGUCCCAACGCCAAUCCUAGUCGUCUAAUAACCGUUAUUGAUGAGGCAUCUGUCUAACAAAUGCCCAUACUUAUUAGCCUAUAUUGGGUCGAUUGGAUAAAAGCUACUAUUCACAACCUAUUCCUAAAAUGUGUAUUAGAUUAUCAUAUAUAUUACAGACUUCGAUAUUCUAGCAUUUACUUGAAAAAGACUUUGAAAAGAUUAUUUUCAUGUGGAUCAGCAAUUGCUAUAGUGAAGUUAUAAUGGCAGUAAUUGGUUAACAUUAUAGUAUAGCUAUAGGCUACUUUUGUCUAUCAUUCGAUAAAGCGUUAUCCCUUUCUAGCUCUGCAGCGUUGCCAAAUCGUCUUUCCAACAAUGUAGAAAUAUGACUAAUAACAACAUAUUUAAUCUCAAUGAUGAGAAUUUAUUAUUUAAUCAUUGACAAAUAAAAUAUAAUUGAUAAUCUUCAACAAGAAUG